CCCAACCCUUGCGUACGCUGUGUGCUGAUUGGUCGGCAGGAAGGAAACGGCUGUGUUGUGGUUUCCAGAAAGGCUGAAGUGCUGAGGAAGGGAGGACGUCAAGCGGCUUCUGAAGCUGAACAUGUAUGUGCUCUCUCUGUAAGCUGCACGAGUGAAGACAAUGGAAGUAUUUCCAGAACUAUAUGACAUAUUCCAGGGAGAGGUUGCUUCUGUAACAGAUUAUGGAGCAUUCAUAAAAAUUCCAGGAACAAGUAAACAAGGCCUCGUACACAAAAGUCACAUGUCACAUUGCCGAGUGGAUAUUCCCUCAGAGCUGGUGGAUGUUGGCGAAAAAGUGUGGGUGAAACUGAUAGGAAAAGAGAAGACAGACAACAAGCUGAAAUUUUCUCUUUCCAUGAAGGUUGUUAAUCAAGGAACUGGAAAGGACCUUGACCCCAACAACGUUGCCCUUGAUCAAGAUGCGCGAAGGAAGCAGUCAUUCAAGGACUACACGAGCCAGAAGAUUACUCUGGAAGCUGUCCUCAACACAGUUUGCAAGAAGUGUGGCUGCCCAGGUCAUUUUGCCAAAGACUGCUUCAUGCAGCCGGGAGGGACCAAAUACACUCUGAUCCCAGAGGAAGAAGAAAUCCUCCCAGAAAACAAAAAUGAGGCUCAUCUAUCUGAGGAUUCUGUAAAGAAGAAGAAGAAGAAGGGGAAAAAGAGACACAAGAACAAAGCCUCUUCUGAACCAGAAGUUUCCGACAGCGAUGAAUUAGAGAGUGGGAGCCGGCCAGCCGGGAAGAAAAGGAAAGUGGCCGAAAAGGCCCCCAAGAAGAAGAAGAAAAAGAAGCACCACCAUAAGAAGAAGCACAAGGAGUGAGGAGCACCGAAUGGAUAGACGGGCAACGGGUCCUGCUAGCACAGAACGGCUGAGGCAGAGAGAGUUGCAUUUGCAGCCCUUCUGACCACGCUGCCGUCCUUUUCCUCUUGGCUGCAAGUAUUCCAAUGAGGAUGGGCCCUCAUUGUUGUGGCCCCUGCAUCUACAACCCUUUGAGCAUGCUUUCCCCCCCAUAAAAAUUGUUCGCACACACAUUGGCAGCAAAAAGCAACUUCCCCAAACCUGUAAAAAACAUUUCCAAAUAGUUUCUUCAAGCCCCCGAGAUCUUCAGGCGCAUUUCAGCCAAAUAGCUGUAUUCCAACCCAGAUGGCAAUGGGAAGACACAGCAUCUCUUCCAUUUACCAUUUUGGCAGAGAUGCUGCCAAUGGAGAAUGUUGCGAUUGGGCUCUGUUGGAGGCAAGGGCUCGUGUGCAUUGCGUUGGGUGUCAGAAAAUCGGAAAAUCAACCUCUACGGUUGCCAAUCCUUGCUUUGCAUUACAGCUAUUUAUAAAUUUGCUUUUAUUCCCGAACUGUAACCUGUACAUAAAAAUAAGUCCAGUAUUACAAUAAUAAAUGCAAAAAAAUGUGAUGGAAAAAUA